GGAGGAGGCUUGGGCUCUCCACAGGAGCGCCACGGCUUCCCCCGCGUCGCCGAGCCCGCGGUCCUCGCGCUGGGCGCCAGGCUCGACAGCCCGGCGGCCCGCCGGGCCCGCGCGGCCGCCUCGCGCUUGCGCGCGUCGGCGGCCGUGGGCCUCCGCUCGUGGAGCACGCGGCACCGCCGGCGGCUCCGGGCGGAGGCGCCCCCGGGCAGCAUGCCGGAGAGGAGUUCGACGAGAUGGACGUGGUCGGCGGCAACGGCCGGUGGAGGCAGCGGAGAGCGCUGUCGGAGAGGCGCAGGUGGGAGGUCGAGGAGCAGCUCCGGGCCGGCAGGGACGCGCAGCGCGCGCUGGAGCGGCGCAGCGUGCGGGCGGAGAAGGAGCAGCUGUGGCGCGCGCAGCAGGAGACGAGGAGCGCCGCAGCGCCGAGGCGGCCGAGCGCCGCCGGCGGGAGCUGGAGGAGCAGGCGCACCGCCGGCGGGCGCGCGACGCGGAGGAGGCGAAGCGGCGCGAGGAGCAGGAGAGCGGGAGGAGCGGCAGAGGUCGAUCCCGCUCCCGUGCCAGGCCUGCGCCUGCUCGGGCGAGUGCCGGGACUGACUGCCACGGCAGGGGCCGCUACCUCAGCCUGUUCCUGGUGAGCGCCCUGGGGCACCGCAGCACCGAGCUGGAGUUCGGGCAGAAGUGGCAGGGCUGCGCCGCCUGCGGCGGCCACGACCCCGGGCUGCUCGGCGAGAUGAUCAGGGGCACCGGGAGAUGCGCCGACUGCGGGGGCUCCGGCGAGCUCUCCCCGGAGGACGCCGCGGCGAGGUGGGAGAGGUCCUCCGUGCUGGGGCGGGCCUCCGUGAAGCCCGCCGCCCCGCAGCGGGCCGCCUCGGCGGCCGCGGAGCGGGGCGACCACGAGGGGCCCGCCUGCGCGGCGGCCUGCUGAGGGCCCGCCGGGGGCGCCCCCCGCCGGGCGCCCCUGGGGAGGGGCCACCUCCUCACGAGGCCGGCGGCCCGGCGCCCUGCAGGAGGGCCGCCUCGACGGCUGCUGCGGGGCGGCUGCCGCAGCACGAGAUUCCCGCUCGCGCGGCUGCCUCCCGAGGGCCCGCCGGGGGCGUCCCCCGCCCUGGGCGCCCCCGGGGAGGGGCCACUUCUCGGGCUUGCAGCCCGCCGCCCUGCAGAGGGCCGCCUAGAUGUCCGCGGAGCGGGGCCACCGCAGCACGAGGGUCCCGCUCGCGCGGCGGCCUGCUCUGAGGGCCCGCCGGGGGCGCCCCCGGCGAUCGGCGCUCGCCGCCCCCCCCCCCCUGCCUCUUCCCCCCCCCUCCUCUUCCCCCCCCCGCCUCUUCUCCCCUUGGGGGGGGGCCUGCCAGCAGGGGCGCAGCUGCGCCUGGCGGCGCCAGCCCGGGGAGGAGGGUGCGAGGGCGGCGUUUCGCUCGCCGUCGUCUGUUGAUGGACGAAGGGCUAGCAGAAUCGAGAGUUCUCUUUGCGAUUAUUCCCACGACCUGCUUCAUCUGCUGUCGCGACACCCGACGUGUAGAUCCAGUGAGCAGCACGGUGUUUCGGCGUGCUGCUGCUAAGUGCGAUGCGGCUGUUUCGGCUGUUUCGGCGUGCUGCUGGAGAGUGUUUUUAACUUCGACGCCGUCUGCUGCUAGCAGACCUACGUCUGCAGCCGCGGUUAGAGUCAGCUCGUUUCGAUGUUAUGCAGUUUUUGCAGAGCGGGUCAUCCUUCUCAUCCUCGUCCAUGUCUCCCCCCUCCAUCCUACCUGUUCCUUGUGCUCCUAUCCAUCCUAGCCGAGCUACACGUACAGGCGAUCGCGCCCGCAGUGCCUAAUCUUCGUUCCUCUUUGUCCGCCGCCUCCUCCUCCUCCUCCUUUCUCUCGUCCUUCCGCGGGCUGGAUUUGAAGAGAAGCCGUGCGAAGCUCUGCCGCAAGCUCCGACGUGUCUCAGCGGAGCGACUUUUUCUCGGUCGCGGCCCGGGGCGUCUUCGUAGAAGCGGGCCUUACAGAGCGAUCGCAGUUGUACGCCUGAUUGCCGUUGCGCGCUGCCCGUCCACAGCUAUCAGGGCUACGCUCGACAUCGCUCCCCCUCCACAUGCGAGCUUCCGAGCUGUGGGCCUCAGCGCCACGCGGGCGCAGUCCUCCCUCCUCUUCCUCCUCCUCCUCCUCGAGCAGGAUCGGAGGAGGCCUGUGUGGUGUGGCGUCGGCGUGGCUGCGCGCAA